UAGCAGGAAAGGAUCAUAACCCAUGGUCUAUGUUAAAAUCCCCCCAUAAUAACCUUUCUACUUCAUACAUAUAUGACAAUUCAACUCUUAAAUAUAGAGUAACACAAAAUUAUAUUUCAAAUCCAUGUUUUUUAUAUCUUACUGCUGCACCAUAUUCAGAUUUAUUGUCUGUCUUUCACACUUUGAGCCCACAAACAGCAUCUAUUUCUGUGGUCUCAGUUAUGUGUGACUGUCUUCAGGAAUGAGCCGGACUAUGUUACACCCUGGUUCCUCCCCCAGGAGCUGUGCUAAAGUAACAGCUGAUGUCAGUCCUGCUUAAAGACAUACACACACAGUCCCUGGUGGCUACACUCACACUAGAACCUGUCCAGCAGUGUCAUCAAAGGCAGAGCAGAGAGGGGAGCAGGGUUCCUGCACCUUCCUUCAGCUAACCCCCAGAGCAUCAAGAACCUGGCACAGAGAGGCUCCAUGCCGCGCACACUAAUCCACAAACCCGGCCUUUAAUCCCAGUUUUACUGCAAGGGGUAGGGUUGUCCACUGCUCUUUGAAAUCCCAUGUGCCUGCUUGGAUUAUGGAGCUGCCCUGUCUUCCAACUGAGACCCCCACCUCUGCCAGCUCCUGCUCCUCGGAUCCCCUGUAUGACAACUGUCCACCUUUUGGCCAGCGAGGCAGGGCCAGGGAGAUGGAAAUGGAGAGCAGGGUUGAGUUUCCUUUAGUAACCAGACUCCCAGGGUCCAGCAGCCCUCUGCCUGGUUUGGUCACAUCUCUGGCUGAGGUUCAGACAGGGGUUGUUGGAGGAAGAGAGCCUGGCUCUUGGCCAGAUCCCAGUUACUGCAGCUGCAGAGGCAGCCUGGGAAGACAAGCCUGGGAAUCAGAGCUUCUUUCAAACAAAUACAAAAGAGGAGGACAACAGGGAGUUAACUGGCAAACAGAGGAUGGGGCUUAUCAGAGCCGAAGCCCCUGCCCGUCACACGGCGAAGAGCAUCGAAGCGCUUUGUCACUGUAUGAUAACCUCACAGAAACAGGAAUACCCAGCAGCUUGGAGGAGGUCUUCGACAUAGAGAUGAACCUGCAGGAGCAUCUCAACAAGCACAUGCACAAUCCAUGGGUCCCUGAGCGUACUGAAGAACCAAUGCAAAGUGAUCCUCUGAGCAAAGACAAGAACAUCUGGCCCUCUUCUGACAUCUCCAUUGGUGACCGUUUUUCACGUAAACAGGAGCAGAAUCCAGACCAAGACAAGAAGCAGGAACCAGAGCUGGACUCAGGAUCCUGCCAUCGACAGGACCUUCAACAGCCUUCCCAGACAGGCCACAUGAAGUGCCAGGAUCUGUGGCCCCUUGCUGAAAGCAAGUGUUCAAAGGAGGGUCCAGUGUCUCUGAGGGUGCCACCUCCUGUUCCCCUGGCUGACCCGUCUGCAAGCGCUCUAAGAAGCAUCCUGACAGGCCUCCAGCAGCAGAUCAUCAAGCAGAGAGAGGAGUACGAGGAGCGAAUCAUCAGCCUGGAACAAAGAAAUGAGGAUCUGCAGGUGGAGGUUAUUCGCCUGAAGACAAAUCUCUCGCAGCAGCGCCAUUGGUACCAGGUGGUCCAGGCUAAGAUAAUGGAGUCUGAGAAGGCCCGAGCUGCUGCAGAGCUCCGUAACGCCACGCUGCAACGGGAGAUGGAUCAGUUCUUUGACACCUUUGGAGAGCUCAACAGUGAGGCAAAGAAGACAGAAUACAUUGUCAAGAGUUUCUGAAGAGAGUUUAUGAGUCAUAUUGAGGACAUAAGAAGGCUAUAAGGACUUAAUAUGAGUUUAAGUUUUAGCUUUUAUGAACGAGCUGAACAAAAUGUAAUAUGUGCAUAUCAAUAAAGUAGGUAAUUAAACAUUUAUUUCUGCACUUUCAGUCAAAGGGUGAUAUUUUGAUCACAGAUUUAUUUUAAACUGUAGGAUAUAUUUAGGUAACUUCUGUCAACAUAAAGAAACAUGCAUUGAAGUAAUUGGAAAAAGACUUUUGAUAUAGAGAUGUUAUGUCAACACCUAACAACAUGACAGCUGGGG